GCUUGUUAUUUGUUGGAGCGCUGCUUCCGCGUGCAUCACGUGGCCGGUCCUCCCGGAAGAGACAGCAUCAUGGAGCAGACAUCGAGCUGUAGAGGAGACAGAGGAGACAGAUGAGACCGGUCCACCCGGAGAGACAGCAGUAUCAUGGAGCAGACAGCGGGCUGUAGAGGAGACAGAGGAGACAGAGGGGACCGGGCCACCCUGACAGACAGCAGCAUCAUAGAGCAGACAGCUGGCUGCAGCAGAGACCGGUCCACCCGGAGAGAGCGCUUUGACUGCCUGACAGAUGCUUACAGAUGUUUCCUGAUGGGAUCGUGUCCCAGCCGAAGCGCUGCGGAUCUGGCUUGCGUGAUAUUGUCCGGUGUGUGUGGACCUGUCCCCGGCGAGGAGGAGGACAGAGAGUGUGCCAGCAGCGUGGAGCUGAGCUGCAUCAGCGUGACUCUGGUGGACAAGAUGACCUCCACCCUGACGUCCCGGAGCCUGUCUCCAGCAGUGACGUCAUACUGCGUGGACAUCCUGACGGUGUUGUUUCAGGACAUGGAUCUCAUGUCACAACUUAUCCUCCUGUUCCAGACUGAGGACCAGAUCAUCUCACAUCUGGCUGCAAAGACUGUAUCCACGUGUGUUUUCUAUCAGCUCUACAGAUCUGGUUUAGUCAGUCCUGUCUGGCAGCAGAAAUGUGUGCAGGUACUUUACAGCUCAGCCCCCGGUCCUGAGUUGGAUUGCUGUCUGUGGUCACUGACUGAAAUCUUAAAAAGACUUCUUAAAGGAGCUCAUCAAGAGAUCCUUGUGAAACUUCUGGCAGCUCUUGACUCCAGCCUAAGUGCUGUAUGUUCAAAGUUUCUCCCUGAAGAGAGAGAAGAGGUAGGGCAGUGUUCGGUGGAUCUUACCAGCAGCAGCAGACGCUGGGGAACAACAUUCUGUCUCCUGCUGGACCUGCUGGAGGUGCUGACUGCAUCCAGUUUGAUGUGUGGAGCUGGUGUCUGUCUGAAGAGUCAGAGAAUAACCCACCUUCGCUCCUCAGCACUCCUGACAACAAUCAGCGGCUCCUCACAGUAUUUUGUCAAAAAGCGAGCGCUGCUGCUUCUGAAGAGGGCGGUGCUCCGGAAGGCCGGAGAGGACUGGGCUUUAGGAGAAGUGCCGUUCACCGGGCUGAAAUACGAGCACUUCAACUCUGAUAUGAGCACGCUGGCUCAGAGUGUGUUAACAGCGGUGGCUACUGACUGGUUGCAGAGUGUUCAAGUAGAGUCCGCCUCUUUCUUUGGGGGGACCAGACACGUCCGAGAUGAGGAGGGUCAGAAACCAGACUGUGUGAUGCUGAGAGCUGUCAGCCUGCUUCUUCUCAAGUCCAUGGAGCUCCACAUCCAAACAGCUGGGAGAACAGCAGGGGCGGACAGUGCCAAAGAGGUUUAUAGGUAUCUGCAGAGUCUGUGGGGCUUCCUGAGGCGGUGCAGUGUCCAGCUGACCGAGGUCACUCACGGCUGCUGCUGGGUCAGCCUGCUGUUUGGAGAACAGGACGACGACAUGAUGGAGGCAGCCAAAGCUUUGUUUUCCAUAUUCCUCCAUCACAGACUGUGCUCUGGGUUGGAUGACUUUGCUUUGUCGGAGGCAGCCUGCGCCUCUGGCUGUAACCCUCACUGCCACUUCCUGCUGCUGCUUCAGAGCAUCUCCUUCGACCACAGCAUCCUCCUCGACUUCCUCAUCUCCACGGAAACCUGCUUUCUGGAGUACUUUGUGCGAUACCUCAAGUACCUCACAGCUGACUGGCGGGGCUUCACUGCAGCAUGUGGAAGAAUCGGCUCGCCAGACUGUCAUCUUUCACUGCAGCAGUCACUUCCCGCCUCAUUUGCUGGUGAUAUGAUAAAGGUGACAAAUAAAGGUGAGCCAGAUCCAGUUGAAUACAGCUCCUUUGUCCAGCCCACAGGUGUUAUUUCACCAGUCAGUUUGGCUGCUGGGUUUCACCUCGUAGAGUAUGACAGUUCUGACCAGUCUGAUCCAGAGGACAUGGAUGUUUCUCAGGACGAACCAGGGCUGUCUGUACCACCAGUACCUAUCAGGCAGAAACAAUACGAGUCAUCUGACUCUGAACCUAACGCCACACUGGAAAGAAGACCAGAAGGGCCAUCACUGCCGGUGUUACAGAGUGAGCAAACAUCAUGUCCAAACAUGUCAGGACAGGUGACCUGUGAGACAUUAGUCAGAGCAGUCCUCUGCAUGUCAGAGCUCAGACUGGUGGUGACGAGGCUGCAGAUAAAGAAACUCUUCCCAUACAACCCGUCUUCACUCUUAAAGCUCUUAGCACAAGUAGAGAACUGUUCCUAGCAAUCACCUCUGGUACAUUUCAAUAAAUGAUAAAGAUAUAUAAUA